AUGUCUUUCAGUACCUCAACCACACCGUCGGACUCAACCUCGACCUCUACAACCUGGACCACGACCGACAUCACACCCACCCUCAACACAGCCAUGACCAAUCCCAACGACGCCGGCGGCGGCAAUGGCGGCGGCAUCGUCAUCAACGUCUCACCCACAACAGUAAUCCAACUCCGCACGAUCGGCUUCGUCAGCACCAUCACCGACGGCACCAUCCCUCCCAUCACCCUCGACCCAGCCCCUCCCACCACCACGGUCUUCGUCGCUCCGACUCCGACGGUCAUCGGGACGUACCGACCCACGACCACUGUAACGCUCACCACCCUCGCUGCAACGUACUACUUCCAAGACGUGCACUCCUCGAUCUACUCCACUAGCGUUGUCGGGCUCCCCCUCUCUACAGCCACAGGUACUCCACAACAAUCAGACGACAGCGGGUCUGGAUGGGAUAGCUGGUCCGCAGGCGCGAAAGCCGGACUGAUCAUCGGGGUUGUGUUUGGGGUGUUGUUGCUGCUGAUGGUGCUGACGUGCUGCUACAAGAGGAACGCGAGGUGGAUCGCGCAUGACUGGAGGUGGGCGCCGCAGGUUGGGGCACCGACGGGGAACAACAUGGCGAUGGUGGCGACGCCGAGCUAUGGAUAUGCGUAUCCGACUUACAUGAGAGGUGGGCAUGGAAGCGGAGGACGGGAAUGGGGUUGGUGGACGAGAGUGGUUGAGAAGGUGAGGGCAUGGUCGGUGAGACGCCGCACGAGCAAAGGUGCUGCUACACAAGUGUACGGAUGGAAUACGGAAGAAGAACCGCCGUCCACACCGAUUCGGGUGCUGAGGGAGAUGCGACUUGCCAGGGAGGAGCGGAAUGGUGAAGGAAGAGGAGUUUCUGGCGGGCUGGCGGACUGA